AUGGAAACAACAACGGAGGUUCCAGUAGAGUCAAGUGCUGGGGGGUUUACCCCUCAAGUUAUUGGAGGCUGUGUUCUGGCCGUGUGGAUUUUAUUUUCCAACAUUGUUCUCAUGUUGGCUAUACUGAGAAGUGAGCACAGAAGAAAGGUUAGCUUCAACCUUCAUGUGUGUAACUUAUGUCUGGCAGGACUGCUGAUGGGUGGCUUAGUGCUUCCCCUCUUGAUAGACUUCCAUUUCCAGAAUCAGUGGAUCCACGGGGACAAUCUCUGCCGUAUUUGGAUCAUGGCAGACAUGAUGGUGGCCACCGUGUCCGUUCUUGUGCUGGUUGCCAUCAUCUUUGACAGAUUCGUGUUGUUCUCUUGCCCUGAUGCUGCUGAAGGGUGCUGCAAAUUUGUCCUCUCAGCUGCACUGAUUGUUUUUCCAUGGACACUGGGAGCUGCUACUGUUUUACCCUUAUACCUCAUCGGAGAAACUGGGGAAGGGGUCAGAGAGGAUGAAGGCGUUUGUUUUCUUCAUUUGGACAAGACUUUUGCCAUAAUUGCAGAAAUUGCUUGCUAUGGCGUUCCCAGCUUGGUUGCUUUAGCGUUGUUGGUGGCAACAAGCCUGACGUGGUGCUACAAGAGGGAGGAUCUUCGAGAUAUGGACUUCAGUGAGGAGAGGGAGCACAAAGGCUGGCAGGUGUUGACUUCAUGGGUCAUCAGCUUGACAGUUAUAAGCAUGUGGUUCCCUUUUUGUGCAUUGCACUUAUUGACUCAGAUUUUUAAUACCACUUGGUCACAUGAAUGGUGGACAGCAGCAAUCUGGUUGGCUUAUGCCAACUCAGGACUGAAUCCUAUUCUGUGGAUGAUAAUGCCUCGACUGAGACAAAGUGUCAAGGCCCUGUGUUGUUGCUGCUGCACGAAGGACUAUGAUGAAGAUGACUACUUUGAUGACGAGACCAGUGCAGCCAUGAUUGAAUUUGCUGAAAAGUGA